GUUUCAUCAUUUGUAAUUAAAUUUCCUCCCCCAUUCUAAAAGUUUCCAGGUGUUUCAGCAAUACGUUCCCGUUUCGAUAUAGUUGAAAUGUCAUCAAACAUUCUUUGACAUAUGAAGAUACCAGUGUAAAAUGGCACAUGAUGGUUCGCUUCGAGAUGUUCUAUUUAUUCCAAAACACCAUCAGAAAUGUGUUUCCCUGUCGAGAUAUAUAUGUCUGGUGCAUGAGGAUUGGCUGAAGAGUUUGCAUCAAAAGACUUUGCAGGAGUGUCCAAAAGCAGCGUUGAUCGGGCGUGAUGAUGCAAGUCUGUUUCUUGCUCCCUCUCACCAAACGCUGCCAAAAUACUGGAAAAGAAUUAGUGUGAAGAUCGUGCAGAAGUUUGAUCAACCAUGCAAACUCUUACGAAAUGGUCCUCUAUGCAACACAAGCCGCGUAACCACAUGCACGGAGCAUCUAGCUCAGACAGCACGGGAAAAUUUCAGUAAUCUUUGGUCAGCUGCACAUAUGCAUUACACAACACAACCAAUGGACACUGUCCACCAUAUGCAGGAUAAGUUCAGCAAUGUACUGCGGAGCUACUUGCAAAGACUGAAGCCAGAAGUGUAUAUAACUCUGCCAGACAACCACCAAAUUGAUGAGUUACCUAGCAACCACACUUGUUACCAUGACAAAAUGUUUGGUAACAAUGCCAUUCCAACCUUUGCUGUGAUAGAGACAAUGUCGACAUUCUAUAUCAUCCAACCUUACAUUGCAUACUCUUUAUGGGACAUAGUGGCCUACAGCCCAGCUGUGUUUGAAAGUUCACAUGCAAAAUGUCUGUUUGUGCUCUACCAGAUACUGCAGGCCAUGCAAUCAUUCCAUAGGAUUGGCUUAUCAGUGGGGGAUUUAUUGUUGGAUAAUGUAAGAAUUGAUGAGAAACUGUGGGUGUAUUGUACAUACCCAAGCAUUCCUGGUUUAUUUAAGGAUGUGUCAGUCAAGAAUCAGGUAGAAUACUCUAGUUCUGUUAUAAAUAUUGGAAAGGAUACCCAAAGCAAUGAUCUGGAAUCAAACUAUACUGAGGAGUUGAAUGUGAGUUCUGUUGAAGGCCUAAUUCAGUCAGGUAGUAUGAGUGAAUGUGACAGUGAAGUAAGAUUAGAGAGAAAAUUAUCCAGACUCAGUGAUAAAGAGAACUUCAUGAUGGAUGCUCUGGAUGUAAUGGACGAGUUCCAGGUUAUAAACCUCAGCCUUGACAACUUGGCAUCCAUUACUGAGCAGUGGGUCCAUUAUAAAAUGAGCAAUUUCCGAUAUCUGAUGUACCUGAACUAUCUUGCUGGUCGUAGGCUAGGAGAUCCAAACCACCAUCCUGUAAUACCCUGGGUCAUGGACUUCACCUCUACCCAUUCUGGACUAAGAGACUUGACUAUGUCAAAGUUUAGGUUAAAUAAAGGUGACAGUCAACUUGACUUCACCUUUGAAGCCAUGGGAGAGAUUGGAGGGGACAGUGAACACAUCCCACAUCAUGUGUCUGAUGUUCUCUCUGACAUCACUUAUUAUUUGUAUAAGGCAAGAAGAACACCUAAACAUUUACUCUGCACAUAUGUUAGAACUAAAUGGGUGCCAAAUGAGUACCCUUCCAGCAUUGAGAGAAUGUACCAAUGGACUCCAGAUGAGUGUAUCCCAGAGUUCUUCACAGAUCCUACUAUAUUUACCUCCAUCCAUGAAGAUCUCCCUGACCUGGAGCUGCCCAGCUGGUGCUCAUCUGCCCCUGAGUUCGUGGAGCGACAUCUCGCCAUGCUUGAGAGUGAACAGGUCUCAUGUGACCUGCACCACUGGAUUGACACUACAUUUGGCUUCAAGCUGAGUGGCUACUCCGCCAUCAAGUGUAAGAAUGUGUACCUGCACCUAGUUGAUGGUCACCGAACGGUCCAAAACCAUGGUGUGGUGCAGAUGUUCCCCCAGCCCCACCCCCACAGGCUUCCCUUUACACACACACUCUCACUCCUCCCCAUCAGGGUACGCAAACCUCAGGACAGAUUGAUUCCCCUGUAUGAGGGCCUGGGUCAUGGACCUGAUCCUUCGAAGCAUGACGCUGAAAGUCUUGUAUAUACAUACAUUGUAGACUACAGGGAUGUAGAGCAUAGUCUUAUAAAGCUUCCAGAUGACUUUGAUCCCACUGCUGCACUGGAUCAUUUGGAGGCUUUGCAUUCAUUCACCUUGAAAACUGCUGACAGACUGCCACCCAACUGUACUGGGAAGAAGAAAGUAGAGAUGAGGUUUACUGAGCUGCAUGAUAACAUGGGAGUGGUAUGGCGGGACAUACAGCAGUUUGCUUGCCUCAUGUGUGAACUGUGUCUCGGGAACCAGCUGCUGGCCCUCACCAGGCAAGCCAGUCUACGGGAGAGGUACAACACCAUUGGGAGACUCUGGUCUCGGGAUAAGGGCAGUCUACCAAGAAUUAUUCACACUGCUGCUGAGAUUCUCUUGAAUCUUGAAAACUUCAAGGAACAAGAUAAAGAAACUGAUACUAGUGGUUUGCUGUUCGAGUACCCCAUGGUGAACAGCCUAGGUCUACCCCCACCUACCCCGGCCCUGCUAGUUCAACCAAGCUGUAAUGUAUUGCCCUUCCCUCCAUACUUUGGUGGGCUGUAUGAGCUCAUCAAUAACAUGAAAAACAUUGACAAGGAUGUCAGCUAUAAACUCAACCAGCUGAAAUCUGCUCGAGAAAAAAAUAAGGUAGAAAAAAUCCUUCUCAGAAAGAAAGUUGAGAUAUUGGAGUUGUAUUUAAGGAAAAACAGUGGUAGAAUAUCAGAUGAAGGGUUUGAGAUCCUUCUACCCUACAUCAGGGACCUGUUUGAGGACCCAGUGACUACUGUGCAGGCAGCCUGGUCCAUCCUGGGACAUGUAGGCAGAGAGCUGGGUCCGGCCCAGCUGGCCAAGAACCUCAUGCCAUGUCUUAUCAGAAUAUACAGUGGUGAAGACUCAACACCAAAACACAUGAAACUCUACCAUCGAUCAUUUCUGGUUCAACUGUUGCUCCAUCUUGGUCUAGAGUCGUUCUUGUCUAAUUUCUCUACCCUCCUGGUGGAAGCUGUGGCAGGAUACAAAAACUUUGUGGUUAUCCCUCAUACCUCACAGGAUGACAUGGAAGAAGAGAAAGAGGAGGAGGGGUUUCCUAGCAACAGUGAUCACCAUAGCAGCCAUCAAGAUGAAGCAGAGGACCAGAUAAAUGAAGAAAUACCUGAAUGUGAAGAAAAUGAUGACGAACAGGAUCCAAUGCAAGUUGAAGAUGAGGAUGUUCGACCGGACCAGAGAGAGGAUGAGCAGCCAGACUACCUUGGGGAUUACGCAGAGGACGAUGAUGUCACAGAGCUGGAGGGGGCAUUCCCUAGCCUCAUUCUGGGACACCACAAUAAGUCUGAGGAUUCCUUCAGUACAGAUAGGAUGUCCCAGCAGAGCUAUGAAUAUGAAGCCAAUAGGGAUGAUGACUCUGGGCGGACUGAUCCCAGCAGUUCUGACAAGGCCUCUGUCCACAGUAUCUCCCACAUUCUCGAUAUGUCAGAGGAUUCUAGCAGGGCCUCACAGGAGCCAGAAGAUACCAGCGAGGAGAGGAAGAUGAAACACAGCCACUCAGUGCACUUUGAAAUGGAAGAGGAGUUGUAUGGGGGUAGAAGUCAAUUAAACACAAGUACUGAACACCAGAAUGAUCAGGAAAAAGCAGAGGUAGUAGAAAAUGGAGAGGAGGAAUCAAAAUUAAGCUCCUUCAUGAUCCGGAGUGAGACGGAUGAGUUUCAGCAGAUCCACUACAGUCACACUAUAAACAUCUGUGACGUUGCUGCUGAGAGUAUUAAAUGGUUAUCACAUCGCCUAGGGCCCCUACUGACAGCCAAGUUUCUCUCCAAGAAUCUUGUCCGUAUGCUGGCACUGUGCUACCUUGCAGAGGAACAGAUAGAACCUGUACAUGAACAGUGUUCAAGCCUUGCCCAGUCCACUCGGCAGGUCCAGGGUGACAGUAAUGCCCACAAGGUGCUUGAGUGUCUCAGCUAUGUGGCCUGUAUAUAUGGGGAGCAAGUCAUACUUAUACAGUACCUACCCUGCAUCACUGACAUGAUCCAUGUAGCCCGGAAACGCCUGACUAUCAGAGCGGAGGCCGGACUGGUGGCUGCUGUAGUCCUGUUACGGAGUAUGCUCCCCUUACUGACGGAUAAAACAUUCAUGCAAGUGCUACUGGACUCUGUGAUACGUGAUGCCUUGAGGCCAAUACUCAAGCUGGUCUCCUCAGCCUCAACAGCUUUCCCGAGCGGUGCUUCCAUGCGCUCCUUGAUCCUGUACAAGAUAAUUGACCUAAUGUACAUCAUAGGCCUGCGACUGGGCUUUGAGAACACCCGAAGGUUUCUCACCCCCACCCUACAGAUGUUCUUUGCCCCAUUUGAUCAGGUGUACUCAACAAUGGACGCGGAUGGGAUGUGGAAAAGUUGCUCCUCAGAAAUACUCAAAGAUGACACAAGUUCAGUGGAUGAGUCGUAUCUAAACAUCAAGAUGGACACUGUCACAAACCAGGUUAUGAUUGGUUCUCCAGUCAACAUCAACACGUCCCCAAGGCCCACAGACCACGUGAAGAAAUGGCGUGCCCCCUGGUUGAACUACAGCCUCACUGAUAUACACACGAUGGAUGACCGAGAUGAGGUAGAUGGGCGGUCGACCAGCCAGGAGAUCCUACUGUCUGAGUUCAGACAGACGUAUAGCCCCGAGCUGGCACUGGCGGCAUAUAUUCCCCUCACAUCCGUGUUUGGAAGUCACCACAUGGAGGGAGCCCUACCCAAUGACGACCUGAUCCGACGGCUGUGUGCCCAAUAUGACAGUGCCCUCUAUAGUGAUAAUAAUGAAGACCCCACUGGUCCAGUUCCAUCAGACAUGAGCCCAGCAGACCUCUCUGGUACACAGGCUGAUACAGAUCUAGGCAGCAAUGUAGCCCUUGUUGGGAACCAGCUGUGUCUACAGGAGGACCCUGCCCCGACCCCAAGUCCGGAGGUGAUCCGCCUUAGACCCCAUGCCAAACACCGAGGCAUCCUUCGUAUUGACCCCGAGGACACCCGUAGUGAUGACCUUGAACACAAAAAUCUCAGACAUUUGAAGGGCAACUGGCUCGCCUACUGGGAACAUGAGCUUGGUCUGAAUGAGAGAGACACACUGUUCAAUUUCAAGCAGAUAAAACUUCAGACAUUCCAAGGCCACACCAACAGUAUUCGAUGUAUAACAAGACUGGACAAUGAGAACUCCUUCAUCAGUGCCAGCAAGGACAAAACAGUGAAACUCUGGUCCAUACAAAGCUUUGGGGAUGGAACAGGGAGAUGCCGGAGCCAAUUUUCAUAUAACCUCCACAAGAAGUCAGUAUUUUCUGUCGCCUACAUGGAGAACCAGAAACUGGUCGCCUCCUGUGAUAGUACAGUCCAUGUGUGGGACCCAUUCACAGGAGACCCUGUGCGUCAGCUGGAAUCACAAAAAUACAGUCCUGUGAUCGCCCUUGCCCCAAUCCCCGGACCCAGCACCGUGGUGGUCACAGCUACUACAGAUAACACACUCAGGUUCCUGGACAUGAGGUCAGCCAGAUAUGCACAUGAAUACAAGUGUGUCAUUGGAUCACAUGGCUUGAUAAGGAACAUAGCAACCAGCCCUGAUGGGUCAUGGGUGGCAGUAGGGUUUUCAGCGGGCGUGAUUUCCCUACUCAGUCUCCACACUGGCAUACUGCUGGGCACAUGGAAGGCCCAUGAUGGCGAGAUAUUACAGUUGAAGGCCCAUAACAAGACAUCAUUCCUGUCCACGGCCUUUGACCUGACCAUGAAACUUUGGCCUGUAGACGGCUCCACCAAGGAACUCUGCAGCUUUAGAGGUCAUACGGAACCAGUCCACUGUGUGAACUUCUACAAGAACCAAAUAGUGAGUGCCAGCACCAGCAACAAGAUAGGGGUCCACACUGCUGUAGACACUCAGGCCAACUUUACCAGCACAAAGCUGCGUAGCGAGGUUUUCAAGGGGGUCCUAACAAGCAUGGAGAUCCUGCCCCUCAACCGGAGCCUGCUGCUGGGAGCAGACAAUGGGCUUAUCAGGCUCAUCUGCUAAACUGACACAAUAAGAAUUCAUAUAUAAUAGACAGUAGUCAGUGUCACAGCAUUUCUCGGGUUGUUCACAUCCAUGGAUGUCUGUGGCUCGCCGCUGAAGGCAGACAAUUUACUUUUGAUCUGCAACUGUAGACGUCAUCUUACCAUGUCUAAGACUUUGGGAUAACACUCAGACUCAGGGUAUCGUUGAUCAGACACGGACUUAUAAGGCCUGUCUAUCAGAUAUAAGAUACAAACCAGUAUAGGUGUCAGUUUGGGAACAAAAGUUGAGGUAGUAAAUUUAUGUUGUUGGCUGAUAGUUAUUAAGAUCUACUUUUUAUGCUACUUAGUAAUAAGGUCUAUAUUAACAUUCUGGCAUGUCUCAUUUUGUACUUGUUUAUGCUUCUAAGUUCUAUGACUCAGUAUAGAUCACAAAGCUCCCAUCCAGAUGCUGUUUAAACUCAACACAUUUCUGGCCAGUUUGGUAAUUUUAGUUUGUGAAUAUUAUAUAACAGAAAUACCUGAUUGGAAAAAUAAGAGCUUGUAAGCUUGUACUCAAAACUUUCCAAUAAUACAUAUUUAACACCUGGUUUACUCACUACAUCUCAUUCUGGUAGCCAUUUUAACUGUCAUGUAAGCACGUGGGACUUGCUCAUGACUAAUUUUAAACAGACCGGAGUGAAAUUAUAAGAGUAAUUACAACACCUGUUCCGCACAGUUUGUUAUUCUGGGCAUUCAAAUUAAGUGUAGAGAUCAUGCUCUCGGCCUCAUUACCGGCAUCUAAGAGUAAUAUUAGUGUUGAGAAAUUUGAUAAGGGCAGUUGUAUUUGUAAGGGCAGUUGUAUUUGGUCAUGAUAUAUAAAUCAACAUCGUUUCCAAUCCAAUAUGUCUGAAAUCAUUAAACCAUAGCUUAAACAAGCACGUCCCUACAGCCUGAAGUUAUGGGUUAGUUAUUCUUAUUAUGAUAUUAUUAAUCUUAACUAUACCAUUUAUUAGUUAGUGUGAACUUCCUGUUUGUAUUCAAGACUUUCAGGAUUUCAUCAAAUGACUUUCUACUUGCCAUAACUGAACGUUCAUAUCAUAUAUGUUGAUAAGUUUGCAUUUUAAUUCUACUAUAUCAAUAUGUUAAGUGCGGGAUUGGUGCAAUAGUGUUGUAUCUGAUGUAGCUUGUGUUGUAUCAUUUUGUUAUAAAGUUAAGGGUAUUUUCAGCAAUAUAAUUACACCAAAGGGACCAAACUUCAGUUUAGGUUGCAAAGGUGUUCAAAAUAUUACACCUUGUCAAAGACAGAUAUAUGCAUGUAUAUAUGUGUAGUUCUUUUUAAUGUUACACUUCUUUGUCAAAGACAGAUAUAUGUGAUGUUUUAAGUGAAAAUUAGUCCUAUGGAGGAAAAGAUACCUUUUCAUCUUUUCAAGGUUUCAUGCCUCUUAAGAAGGCAAUGUUUUACAUAAUUUCGAAAAGGAUCUUGUAUUAAAUUAUACUCAUUGUUAUAAGUUUAUUUGUAAACAUAUCUCUUGGUAGAAGAUUGUUCUUGCUGUUAACUGGAACACGUCAACAGGACUCGUUUUCGUAGACAACCUCACAUACGAACGAUUGUACUUCAAAAUGGUCUGUUAUAAAUGAUAUAACAUGGUAAACUUAACCUAUUUUCUCAAAACCUUUGUUGGAACAUGUCGGUCAAGCCUUAACUGCAAAACAUGAAACUCAUAGAAGUUGAUGGAGUAAUAUUUUGUAUAAUUUAUAGUAUAUACAUCUAAUGUAUACUGGCCAAUAUUUUGACCAUGGAAUUAAGUAAGAACUUAAGUUAUUAAAUAAAGAAUUCAAUUUAAAGUGUCUGUGUUUAUGGGCGUAUAUGUAAUACUAGAAAUGACCUGUAAAAAUAAAUGUGCCAGUGCCUUGAACAUGUACCAAGGGCAGACUACUCUGACAGUUAAAGAUAAUGGUUAGAAGGAAUACAGAAAUGCCUGUAUCUACAGGGGUCAUAUAUUGUGGGGUUACAACAAAGUGAUUGUGUGUACAUGUUAUGGUCUACAUGACAUUUACCAUAUAACAGAACUGUUUUAAGUACCCUUGCAUCUAUGUAUGUGUGUAUAUGUAGUUCUUUCUUGCCAGAUACAACAGUACAUAUAAUAUGUAUAUUAUAUGAAACAUGUACAUUUAUGUGCAUUGUACAUGCAUGCCAUAAUAACUUGAACUAUUCCAAUAUAACAAGGCAACUAACUAUCAACCAAUUUGAUGACAAGUUUGUUUUUAAUGUUUUAUAUUUUGUUUUUGUUUGUUUUUACAUUUGUAUAUUGUGCAAUCAAAAUUCAAGAUGCAAAGAAACAUAAAUAAAUUAUUAUUAAAGAAAUGAAAACUA